CAGCGCUUGAGCAGCAAAAGAAAGCAGCGUGCUGCACUAGGAGGGCUGACUUUCGAGUAGGAUAUCAUUCGGAUGCAUCUGUGACGAUUCCAUGAUGACAGUGCAAUGGAAGACUGGUUGGCAAUGCUCCUUUACCGAGAGGGGGUUCUUGAAUUAAAAUUUCAGUUCAGAUCUUUUUUGAGGAGCCUGCAUGUUUUGGGCUAUGCUAAUCUAUACCAUAAUCAGCAAUGCAUUGGAAGCUGUCUGAGUGAAUGCAAUGUUUUGUAUGAUUUUCACACAACUCUUCAUGAUGGACUCCAGAUUAGUUCUGAAGUGACAGGAUAGGGCAUUUCAAUUGCAACUGACCAGUGAAGAAGGGAUGCCUGUUGGUCAUUAUGGAUGAAACCGCAAGCACCUUCCUUCCAGCGACUUUUGAUGGCUCCUACCAGGAAGCUACUAUAUUGUCUGGCAGUGUCGGCGCGUGGAGUACCCAUCAUUUUAAUAGCAAUCAUAUUAUUUGGCAUGAAGCAAAUUUCACUGACUCACCGGGAAAUAGCACACUAAUCCAGGCAACAGCCGACUUUGACCCAUUAGGAGGACAUACAGUCUGGCAGGUUAUCGUAAUUGUCUUCCUCACCGGAUCACUUUCACUUGCCACCGUUGUUGGGAACAUCUUAGUCCUGUUGUCCUUCAAGAUCAAUAAGGCGCUGAAGACCGUGAACAACUACUACUUGCUGAGCUUGGCGUUUGCCGACCUGACCAUUGGCACUUUAUCCAUGAACUUGUAUACCACCUACAUCAUCAUGAAUCAGUGGGCUCUGGGGCCAGUGAUCUGUGAUUUGUGGCUUGCAAUUGACUAUGUAGCCAGUAAUGCUUCAGUCAUGAACCUCCUCGUCAUAAGCUUUGACAGGUAUUUCUCAGUUACCAGGCCUUUGACCUACCGCGCAAAGCGCACAACCAAAAGGGCCAUGACCAUGAUUUGUUUAGCCUGGUCAAUAUCAUUCAUUCUUUGGGCCCCAGCCAUCCUGUUCUGGCAGUACAUCGUUGGGGAGCGGACAGUGCCGUCUAAUGAAUGCUUCAUCCAGUUUCUGUCUGAGCCCAUCAUUACAUUCUGCACGGCGAUAGCUGCAUUUUACUUGCCAGUUACUAUCAUGACAACCCUGUUUUGGAAGAUCUAUCAGGAGACAGAGAAACGCGCGAAGGAUAUACAAGGUCUUAAGGGCUCGGGCGCAGGAAACAGGAGUAACGAUGGUGUGACCAAGAGCCAAAAGGAAAAAUCCGACACACCGUCGACACAGCAAAUACAAUCGGCGAAUGAGAUGAACGAUGAGCAAAAUAAGCAGGCUUCAGACAACUGCAAGGACAACUCGAGUGUUCCGAGAGGAAUGGAAAGCACGGGGAAAUGCCGUGCGUUUCUUUUCCACUUUUCAUCGCAUUUUUGCCGCGGUUUCAGAAGGGCUGACAACACCGUCCCUGCAGAUCAGAGCUGUUGUGACAGUUUAAACAACAAUGAUGCUUCCGAAGAUGAAGAGGAAGUAAAUGAUGCAGACCAAACAAGACUUGCCACAGAUGGAAAGAAGACUAAAAGGACAAAGGACCGAAAAUCACCCGAGUCAAAACACCCGCCACCUUCUGAGGACGCGUCCCCUGAAAAUAUCUCCAUGAAAGAUGCGAAAAGGUUUGCCUCCAAAGCCAAGACAGAGGUGAACAAACGCAAGAAUGAAAAAAAGGCAAAUGACAAGAAAGCGGCACGGACGCUGAGUGCCAUCCUUUUGGCCUUCAUCACUACUUGGUUACCAUACAACAUCAUGGUCCUCGUUAACACCUUCUGCCAAGACUGUAUCCCGGGAACUCUUUGGGCGCUGGGAUACUGGUUGUGUUACGUGAAUAGCACGGUCAACCCGAUGUGCUACGCCCUGUGUAACAAGACUUUUCGAACCACGUUCAGGGAUAUCUUAAUGUGCCAGUGGAAUCAAAACAAAAGCAAACCUCAAUUUCAUAAGAGGAAUGCUGCUGCAGCUUGCCGAAAGAAAGAUCAAAUGUAGAGCAGAAAUAUGACUAAAACUAUUUCGAAAAUGCGACAGGACUUUUAAAUGGUAAUUCUAAUAUUUGGGAAAGUUUGGCAAGGCAUUUACGCUAGAAAAAAAAAAACAGACUUGUCUUGUGAUCCUCAGAAAUUCCAAUACUCUUUCCAAAGACUUUAAGAGUAUUCAUUGAACUAUGGUUUACAUUUCAAAUUUCUGAUCCAUUCAUUGAAGGUACGCUUUAUAAUCCGAAGCGCUUUAUAGUGCAGAAAAUACGGUAACAUAUAAGGUAAGUGAUUGUGUUCCCAUAUUGUACUGACUGAACAGAAAUCCACGGGUCAGUCAUGCACAGGGUUAA